AUGAAGCCUCCCUUCGGUUGGAAGGAAUAUCUGAGCGGAGAGGUGGUUCCGGACUCCGAAGAUUCUUGCCUUUCCUGGGGUGAUCCGCCGCCGGUGUACUUCCCUUUCUCCAUGUCGGAGACGUCGCCGCCAUCACCCGAGGAGAGUGGUGUCGGCGAGUCAGAUUGCGAAGAGAUUAGAGACGACGCGGCAGAUCGGCGCUCGCCCCCUCCUUUCCGACCUCCGAUCUUUCGACGCCCUUGCCCCGCAAGGAUGAAACCGUACGUUUCUCACUCAAUACCUUUGUGUGGUACUACAUCGUCUGAAAUUGAGGGAGAUCUUGACCUCUUUUGUUAUGAAUCUUGGGGAAAUGAUUUUCUGAGCGAGGCAAACCCUAGCUUCGAGGAAUUGGAGGAAUUGGAGGCGAGUUCGGAUGAAUUGGCGAUGAAAUCAGUUGAACCAAUUCAGUCUUGGCACACUGCAUCCAACGCCCACCUUAAACUGCUCGCCAUUUUUUACCCAAUGAUGUUUCGGCCCAAAUGCGAGAAAUGGUCUUCCGGCAGACAUGGAACUUCUCCUCCAUAGCUUUCAUCUUGCCUCUUGGUGGCUUCCCAUUCUUGCACUCUAAAAGCAAGGUUUGAAGAAUUGAAGUUCUUUCUUGUGUUGUCAAAUCCUUCCUCCUCAUUCUCUUU